CUCUUAUCCUCCUCCCACACUUUCAUACCAACAAAACAAACAAGGCUUCUUGUUCAAAGGUUGUAAUGGCUGAACGAGUUGCACACCCUGGCCCUCGGGAUCGUUCUGUUUUAGUUAUGAUACCCGGUGAGCAUCGUGCCGAUCGUGUGUGGCACGAAUCAGCAUUUCGAGAUGACAAACUGAGGUGCCAUCACUAUUCGUCAUGUGCCUAUGUUGAUGAUGGUCCGCGUCAUCCUAGGGUGGUACGGUUGUUGAGAGCAUCUGGGUUUCACGGUGUCGAGAGAAUAGGACAAAUACAGUUAGAUUGGUCACUUCUGACUGCGUUAGUGGAGAGGUGGAGACCCGAGGUACACACAUUUCAUUUGCCCUUUGGUGAGGUAGGAUGUGCAAGUGUUGUUGGGGUUGCCCAUUGACGGCAUACCACUCAUUGGUCCCACGAUUACUGAUAAGGCAGCGUUGUUGCAGAUGUGUGCACAGUCUGUUGGUUUUAUACCAGAAGAUGAUGAUUUAAAUUCAGCUACCAUAAAAGUAACAAAUAUCCACCCCAUUCCAUUAACCGAUUGGAGCACUGAAAACGAGGUGACUCAACACACUAGGGCCCUCAUUUGGCAGUUGUUAGGUGAUUCAUUUUUCCCUACCACUAGUGGAAACAUGGCUAGUUGGUAUUUCUUGGAGUUGUUGCAGGGGAACUUAGUAGAUGUGCGCCGAUGGAGCUGGGGCUCAGCGGUCUUGGCCUAUCUGUAUCACACCAUGUGUAAGGCGGCCAAGGCCCAGGCUAAACAGAUUGGAGGAUGUUUAAUCCUUCUACAAAUCUGGGCAUGGGAAAGAUUGCCGAUGGUUCAACCCCAAGGUCAUCUCCCACUUGACCAUAUAUUGGAUUUUCCGUAUGCUGUUAGGUGGGCGUGUCAACAUGAUUGGCAGCAAACAAAUAGAUUUUCGUUACGGGUAUAUAGGGACCAACUAGAUCAGAUGACGAAAGAUGAGUUCGAAUGGAUCCCCUAUCCGUUGAUGAACCUUCCAGCAUAUUGUCAUUAUGCGAACAAUUUGUGGGCUGCGGAGGUUCCAUUGAUUUAUACACGUUUUUCUGAGGCACACUAUCCUAGGAGGUUUUGUCGUUAAUUCAACGCAUAUCAGGAUCGACCCGCUCCGGUUGUGGUAUGGCAUCGUCACCACAAUAGUGGAUCACGUUUCAUGGUCGAGCUUGUUGAAGAAUGGGCAUUACGGUGGAACAAAAUAUUCCCACUUCAGUGGGUUGACGAAGGUCCUUUCAUUAGUGAUGAGUACCGCGAGUGGUACCGUAAUGUAGGAAAACGAUGGCUCACAAACCCGUGUGUUGAUCGUCCCACUCAGGGAUUCGUUCCUGCUCACCCACAAACGCCUAUUGCGAUUCAAUGUUUGGGUGAGAUAAUUCGCCGAUUACGAGUCAGAGAUGAUCCGGAUGACAUCAUUGCGCACGGUGUAGAGUGUCUUACACGACUUGGUGCAGAAGAAGCGAUUGAUCAUGACAUCAUCACAUAUGAAGCUGCAGAUGUUGAUCCUCUCACUGCUCAUCGUCCCCCACGCCCUCAUCGUGGGAGGGGUGGUCCCACACGCGGAAGGCGAAUUGGCCGGGGUAACGUUCGGAUGGGGGAUGCUGGCACCCAUGAUGAUGCACAUCUGCAUUCUCAAUCCUCUCGUGCCAGUUCAUACCAUCCAUCUCCGGUGCAUCAACCACAUGUGUACUCCACACCCACCAGUCCAAAUAUUCCUAUAUUCGAUGCAGGACCUAGCUUUUCCCAUUCAUCGGUGGAUUGGAUGAUCGACUUAUUUGGCUCUGAGACCGCAGGACCGAGCACCCAACCUGUUGUUGAGGUUAGGCCGAGAUGGGAGCCUCGCAGUCGUGAGACAGAUUCAGACGAAUCCGAGUAGUUGUAAUAAAUUAUAUCAUUGUAGCUAUAUUAAAUCUAUUAUAUAUGUUGUGGUUGAUAUUGAAUAUUUUAUCAGAUAAAAUAAUGUCUCUGGUCAGAUUAAAAAGAAUACUUUA